UGCGAGUCGCACCAGGUGACGGACACAGGAAGGAUAUUUUUACCGUAACAGCGGCUGCUUAUACCAUUAGUGAGAAACAGCGAGCACCGGUGCGGUGUUUGCCUACUUUCCAAGCGGACCAACCUUUCGCAUUGUUUUGACUCUGGGAUUUUUCCAACUGUGGUGUGCGGAAAAGAAGGCGGAAAAUCGGAUUGAAAACAACGUCCAGGAGGAGUUCACCGGCUGAUUUUAAAGCACACCAUGUCAGGUCAUGGCAAAUUGGAGCCCUGCUGCCGUUAGCAUGCAGUCCGCCUACCUGGAGAUGCCGCCCUUCGUGGUCGAGCCCACCUACGCCUACCUGCCAAGGCCGGCGAUGAUGGUGGGCUCGGUCAGCAGGGGCACUUACCAGAAGAGCAAGAAGUCGUGGCUGCGGCUGGCCAAGGAGAAGAAAAACCAGCACGUCAACGUGGUCCAGCAACACCCGCAGGUCCACCCGGCCGCGCUCCUCCACAGGGACUACCUGCAGGAGUACCGUGAGAAAUACGGUUUGUUGGCGCCCGACCACCUGGACCCGUGGAACUCUCCCCUGCGGCAGUACGUGCACCCGGCGGUGGUGGCGGCCGCCUCGCCGGCCGUGCCGCCGGCGGCCGAGUUCACCAGCAUCUGCGCCUGUCCGGGCACCAAGAAGAUGGGCAAGGUGUGCAAGACGUGCGGCCAAAGGGCGGCCAAGGGCACGGUGCGCGGCGGCACCAUCACCAGGGGCACGGCCAAGGUGCGGCCCGCACUUCCCCUCGCCGGCCCCACCGCCACCAUCAAGCCGAUGCGACUUCGACCCACCCCCACCACCCCGUCCGACGAGGAGGCCAACAUCGCGCCUGAGGUCGACCCCUACGACAUGGUCCGCAGGUCGCGACUCGCGUACAAGGAGCAGAUGAGUGGGCGUGCCCGCUCGAAAAGCCUGUCGCCCAUCAGGGCUCGCCUGUCCGACCGGGCAGACGAGUGGGUGUCCACCUCGGACACGUCGGACGAGGCGAGCAGCGGCGACGAGCGCGGAGAACCCGAGGGGGCCCCGGAGCCUCGCCGCUCCAUCCUCGAGUGCGACGUGACGGCCUACGAACUGAUCGGAAAGUACUUGAAGCACUCGGAGAGCGACGAACUGGACGACAACGCGGUCGUCGCCGCCACCGCCACCGCCGCGUCCAUCCCGUCGCCGCCGGCCGAAGAGGCGCCGGCGCCGCCGGCCGCCCCCGAGCUGCCCCGCACCAACAGCCUUCCCUCGCUGGCGGAGAAGCUGCCCACGCCCAAGCCGCCCCCGCGGAGGCGGCGUCUCAAGAAGGUGUCCAUCAAGUCGAUUUUGAAGAAGACCUCUGUUUCGUCCGAGGAGGGCUACGGCACUUUGGGGCCCUCGGGGAUGCACAUCCCGACGUACCAGGAGUUCAAGCAGCGCAAGAAGCAAGUGCAGUUCAAGUCGGACGAGCUGCGAAAAUGUCAGCCAGAGAAACCGGGCACGGGUGGCAAUGACCUUGGCCCGGGGCGCGCUGCUGCUCAGGUGGGUUUCUCUGGAGUCGCGGCCGCGGCCGGCGUCGCAGCCGCCGCCGCCGAGAGUGAAAGGCCGGCUCAGUCGCAGCAGGACUGUGCUCAAGACAACACCGCCGCGGACGCCGCUGCCGACAACCCAGCCGAGCACGUUUACGACACUGUCCGGGAUACGGUUGGACAGGACGACGACAAACGACACUCGGCUGUCCCCGAAAAUGAGGAGCGUCGGCCCGCAGGAGCGGCGCCAGUGGCCCCGAGUCGAGGAGGUCGCAGCUCGUCAAGUCGGCGCCGCGAGGGUGGCUCAAUAGUGCACGUGCGCGGCGACCACCACAACCUCUUCCUGGACACGAUGCGCCUGCGCGUUUCGCACCGACGCAUCGACUCGCGCCAGGUCUUCCCUGCGCAGCCGAUGGAGCGCAUGCUCAGUCCGCCGCGGCCCCGCGAGCCGCCCCCGCCGCCCCCGUCCGCCUCGCCCAACAAGGGCGAGGUGGUGGUGGUCAGCAACGGCAGCCCUGUCACCGGACGCACCGUCGUCACGGUCAACAACCAGGACAGCCUCACCCUGAGGAUCAACGUCGGCGGGCCGGCCGAGGACACGGCCAACACCACCAUCGUCACCCUCAACGGCGACGACAGCUUCUCCUCCACCACCUCGGUGCCGCACAUUUGCACCAAGAUGGGUGAGGUCACCGUUGCCGACAGCUCCAUUGUCCAAAAGGUGGAGAACACGCGACGGUGUCGAGUGUCAACGGAGGCGCCGUACGUUUCGAUCAGGGUGAACCAGCCCGAGGAGGAGCCGCCUUACGUAAGCGUAGUCUGCAGCGAGAGCGGCAAGGACGAUCCCUCCAUCACCGACGAUGAGGCUUCAAACGGCAGCAGCAAAGUGUACGUCACGGUGGAGGACGAGGACGAGGAAUUCGACGACGAGGAGAUCGAAGACCACUACGAAAUGAUCCGCGACCCAAUCGACGUGAUCCGCGACCCGAUCUACGAGGAAAUCUCGCCGCCGCCGCCGUCGGCGCGGUCCAUCUUCGAGGGGGCCUCCAAGUACGACAUCCUGCAGUACCUGGCCGGCGCCAAAGAGAGAGGUCUGCACUGCCCGCCGGUGCUCGACCUGCCCGCCCUCAGGAACUCUAUCUCCGCCCCAAUGGAGCUCGCGAGCCACGUGAGCGACUCGAGUGAAGACUCGAAUCCGCCGCUGCGUUCAUCCCCUACAAAGAGCCGGAGAAGCUCUGCGGAGAUUGAGCGAAACGAUUCUGGGGUGGGCUCGGAGACGAGCCAGAGCAGCAGAAGUCGGUGGCUUCUGCAACGUAAAACCAAUCCUGAACAGGGAGACUUGCUUUGUGAAGACUGCGAACAAAACGUCGAACCUCAAGUCACAGACAGUGGUGUGGUGUACGCGCCGCUGGUGUGCCGGAAAUGUGGAAAAAGACGGUCGGAGCGACGGGAAAUCAUCACCGAGCUUUUGGAGACGGAAAUCAAGUACGGACGCGAUUUGCACAUCAUGAUGGAGGAGUUCUACAGACCGAUGCUGGUUGCCGGUUUGCUCACGCAGGAACAACUGGACGCAAUCUUCCUGAAUGUGCCGGAACUGUUGGAAAUGAGUAAGCAAUUGGCAGAGAGGUUACAAGACGCUGUGGAUAUUGCCCUGGACCAAGGAGAUGAGGACCUGUUGACCGUCAAUGUGGGCAGACAGUUCAUCAGCUGCACCAAAAUGCUGAAUGCGUUUGAAAAUUACUGCAUUAGACAGGGUGCCGCGUCCGUGCUUCUGGCCAGCUUAGAGAAGGAAAAGGAGCUGCUGAAGAUUUUCCUCAGGGUGUCGCAAAUGGAAAACGCCGUCCUGCGAAGGAUGAACCUCAACUCCUUCCUGAUGGUGCCUGUGCAGAGGGUGACCAAGUACCCCCUGCUUCUGUCAAGACUGCACAAAACCACGCCACCGCAUCACCAAGCGAGGGACUUGCUCAAGCAGGCCCAGCAGAAAAUCGAAGCCCACCUUGAGCACAUGAAUGCGGAGGCCAAGGAGAUUAGCAGCACGAAGCUGUGGCGCCGAAUUUCGAUAAUCAACGUGCCAGGCAGGAGGAGCAACUCCGAAGCUGACUUGAAUAUCAAACUGCGAAAAUUGGCUUUGGAAGUGUUGGGCUGGAAUCCCGAGAUUUCGCAAUUUGUCAUGGAAGGCCGGCUGCUGUUCACGCAACCCACGGACAGCAACUGGCGCAAAGGGCGAACCAUCAAACUCAGCCACCUGAAUGCACUCCUUGUCACCCUUGGAAAGCCCAACGAUAACUACAGACCUGAGUCUGCGCAAUCGAGGGACCUAACUUUUCCGAAAGCCACGGGCAUCCAAGAGGCGUGUUUGUUGCUCCUUAAAGACAAGGCUGGAAGAUGUACAAUGCUCAGGGAGCCACUGUCUCUGGACAAGUGCAUUGUGUGCACCGAAGUGCCGGACGUGGAGGACUGCUUCGAAGUGCAGGAAAUCGCGACGAGGGACACAUUCAUUUUCAAGUCUGAAGACAAGACCAAAGAGUGGGUGCGGGCGCUGCAGUACCACGCGCAGAGUCUCGGCGGUUGGCGGCGGCGACGCAACGCCCUCGCCAACAUCAUGAUGAAUGGAAUGGUCCCGAGGAGCUGAAUUUUGACUUUUCCUCUCACCUUCCCCCCAGAUGUUAUACACGAUCGUAUUUUUGAAACGCGUUUUAGCAAAGCCCGAAUUGAAGCGAAAAAAUAAUAAUAAUAAUGCUGUGAUGCAACUACAAUAAAAACUACUACGGAGAUAUUUAUGGUGGAGAUUUUUGAUGAGAAAAAAAAUAGAUAUUUUUGGCAGCCAACUUUUUUGUUUUUUGGAGUGUCACUAACGAGAAAACUCUGUGCAAUUAUUAAGAUUUAGUCACACGCGAAAUAAAAAUUAAAUUAAUAUCA